AUGAAAAGAAAUACUGAAGGGUCGGCGGACGGUCACAGGAAGCGGCCACGAGUACAGGAACCGGAACAUGCAGCUACGGAGCAACACCAUGACCCAUUCGACGCGAGCUUAAAGAGAGACUCGUCGGUUCUUCGUGCUGAUAUAACUGAUGAACAGGGAUAUCUGGAGGGUAAAUUGAAGAUGAGGUGGCCACUGCUUAGUGCAAAGUCUCAUAUCCAGCUGGCUACGAAUGACGGUGCCUUAUUGGACAUCCAUUUCCAAGGAGCGUGUUCCAAGUAUUUCAGCCAGCUCACGUUCUCCAUUGGAGAUGUCAUUCAGCUUGCACUCAAAGGAGUACGCGUGAAGGUUUCUGGACCCGGUGCAAGGCGUUCGCACGAGUUGACGUACGAGCAAGGCGCCAUCGUAAAGUUUCUCAAGGCAAAGGAUCCAGCUCAAAAUAAUCGUGUUGUGAAUACUUGGAAACUUGACGAAGAAGAUACAAGGACCUUUGCACGAAAACCGUUGGAUCCAAAUGAUUGGUAUUCUACGCCGACACUAUUUACCAUUGAUGGAAGCGACAACCAGGAAAGAGCGAGCAGUUCCGCUUCUCACACCGUUCCUCCGCCGCCAGUGACGGACAGCAGAACAGCUCCGUCUGCGACAACAGAUGUGGCGGACUCCAAGAACCUAGCCACGUCCUCAUCUGUCACAGCUAAGCCCGCAUCGCGCUCGGAGGUACAAAUGAACAAAAACGAAGAUUCCGCUGAGCGUUCGAAUGGUUCUGAAAGUAGUACCAGGUCGAAAAGACGUCGUUCACCCGACCGUCUCUCCUCCAAGCGGACAAGCGAAGAGCGUGGAUCUUCCACUACCGUGGCAGAACCACAGUCGAAGCCACAGCCUGGUAGUCAUCCUGCCAACUGUCCUCAGGCAUCUUCUCUGAUCGUCCUUCCCGCCAAUUCCAAGAACGAUGCCACGGAACCCCAGCAACGCAAGGAUGAACAGCGGAUGGUCCCUCCCACCGUUUCAGGGCCUGGCUCGAAUGUGAACGCGGACAUUGCAAAGGAGACAAAGCAACAGAAAAAGGCCCGCAAGAAAGCUGAGCGGAAGCUCAAAGCCUUUCGAAAGGAAAGGACUUUACUCGUGCCUGGUGAUAGUCCCGACUCUGCGUCUUAUAUUCCAACAAAAUCCGGGGAAUCAGUAUCUACAAAUCAAGCUAACGUGAACGCGCCACCACUGCCAAUAACAUACGAAGUCGUGGAUCCUGCAGACAAAUCCGCACUCACACACAUCAGUAACCCUACCCGUGUUUCUCCCGCCCCAGAACCUCCUGUAUCUACGCUCUCUGGUCACUCAGAGACCCGCGAUGCACCAUCUGACAAUAGUGCAGUUCUCCAUGGUGCCACCUCAAGUCAACUAAUGAACGUUCCCGUCCAAAGUGCCCUUGCCAACACGAUAAAUACCCCUAGUCCAGCGUCCAGAACCGUCAUCUCCCACAUUAUUGACCCUUCAACUGCUAGCUCUACCCCUCUGAAUUCCGAAGAUGCUGAUUCCUCUGCGGCCUCCAAGGCGGGUUGCUGGACCUCAAAUGGCUACUACGUUCCUCUCAGCGAGAUCAGAGAAAGACAAACCCAAAAUGUGAUAGGUGUCGUCACUAUUGCCGGAAGAGUAGCAAAGACAGCCACGAAUGAAAACAUGAUUAAGGUGAUCAUAGUCGAUCCGUCCAAUGUCGAAACGACAGGCUCUGGGAUCAACUGUUUCUCCAAGGCCAAUAAUUGGCUGCCGGAGCCUAAGACAGGUGACAUCCUCAUCUUGAGGCAAAUCCAAGGAGAUAACCAUCUGGGUAAACUAUGCGGUACAGCACCUUCGUAUAAAGGCUGGACGUGGGCUAUCUUCGAUCCGCGCACACAUUCCACGACCGGGACCAGCCCCUUCAAGCCUGGUGAAGAGGAAAUGCACUACUGCGCCCGCCUUGCGGACUGGUGGAAGGAUGUCUCGAAGAGCAGGACAUCGAGCGAUGAAACAGGCACAAUACACCACAUCAUUGGUCCAAUAGGACGAGCCAGUAGGGUGCACAGGCUCAUAUGCGACGCGUCACCGCAGACAGAGCCAUCGGGCUUCUUUGAUUGCACAGCAGAGGUGCUUCAUGGAUACAAUAACGACAACGGCGUGUACAGUCUCUACAUCACAGACUACACACGCAACCCCGCGCUCACCGCCGUGCAGCGGGACUGGUGUCCGCCGCAGCUGGCAGACCGGGUCUUGAAAAUGGAGAUGUGGAAUAGCGCCGCGGCGAAAGCGCCGGAUAUUAAGGUUGGAGAAUAUUGGUUCUUUGGCAAUAACAGGAUGAAAGUGAGCUCGGGAGGCUAUCUGGAAGCGACUAUCUCGGAAGCGAACAAGAUGCGGAAACUGGACGAGGAUGUACUGGAGGGUGCACCUCACCUUGAGGCUCUGUUGCAACGCAAGCAUGAUUGGGGAGCCGCAGUCCAAGCUGAUGGUGAACUCUUCACUCACCAACUCUUCCAAGAUAUCAAACCAGAUCAUCACUUCCUAUGCACGGUGGAGAUCGUAUACAUCUCGCACAAGAGUGACACUUCCUGCUUGUUCGUGACAGACUACACUUCUCGGUCAGAUCUGGUGCCUAUCGCCCCGACGGCGCCGAGGGCGUCUGCACUCAAGGGUAUGAUUGUCCGCAUUGACCUCCGGUCGGACACGCAGGUAGAGACUGCGAAGAACCUUACUGAGGGAGACUUCAUCUCCAUCCGUAACUUGAGGCUGACGCGUUCAGGAGGAACGGAGCAGCUUGCGGGACGUCUGGGAGGUGUCGAACGAUUGAUCAACAAACUACAGGCGCAUGAUCCCACAAACGAGGAGCUGAAAGCGUUACUCGGUCGUAAAUCCGAAUGGGAAGUUGACUAUUCGCGCAAGAUGGGCAGAGCGGUGCCUCCCAAGCGCACAGGCCGUGCCAGUCAACGCAAAGAGAAGCCACCUGUCAAGCUCUCCUGCCGCGAGAAAGGCUUCAAGACGAUCAGAGAAAUCGAGUGCGACGAACAGUGUCCUACGCUGUUCCGUAUCUGUGCCCGCAUCGUUGACUUCUACCCUCGCGAGCUGAGAAGCUGGACAGUCUUGCGCUGCACGAAGUGCGACAAAGAUUUAGCGGAAGACUACCGGAGGUGCGCGGAGUGCGAUGAUGCGAUGGACGACAAGAGCUAUGUGAAGCCAGUGUAUGAAUUUUUCUUGCGCGUGGAGGACGAGAAAGGCGAUCGUCUAGACGUUUCAGGAUGCGACGAACAGGGCUCCCUACUGAAGGAUUUAGAAGCAGCUGACUUUCGGGAGGACGAAAUUGCGUAUGACAAGUUUAUUCAGCGCCUUGCGCCUCUCCUCGGGAACCUGUUAAAGGCGGAAGGGAGCGCUCGACGACGAUUUGACGAUGACUUCGUGCCGGACACACCUUUGCUAGCUCUGACCGUUGGCAUGUGGCCUCUGAAUGAUGGGCGUGGUCCUCCUGCUCGAGGUUAUGUCCUGCAGCGUCAUGCAGUGUUGGAGAAAUGA